AUGCACAGGCAGCUACGCUUGGAUACCUCCGUUGGAGACAAUCAGCGAUAUUCCUUCAUUGAGACACCACUGGAAAUGCAUGCUUCUGGAUUACGAAAUGGUCAACAGCAGCAAGAACCGCCGCCGUCGCAAUCAUUAGCAGGAUCCAAGUCUGAUCCUAUACCCGCACAGGCUGCAGCAGAGCAAGGACAACCACAACGCCUACCACCAUUGAAUGAGAAGGCACAGUAUGUGCGGCAAGAAUUGAUGGCCCCUGGUAACCCCGGGGGCCCGAAUUCUGAAGAGCAUCCUGCCAUCUCUGCCCCUUUUGCAGACGUGGUGCCUCAGCCGGUCCAGCAACACGAUGCAGUUGUGCCGGACUACUCGUAUGCGGUGCCGCCUCCAAACUCCCCAGGACCACUUCCGGCCAAGACAUAUCCAGAAACCCCAGCGCAAGUAACCCGGUUGCAAACUAUGGCUAUUGUACCGGACACAAAUCCUCUACAGUCUCCACAAGUACCCUACUUUCCCGGACCACCGACGGCCUCAGGGACAUCCUACACGCCAUUGGCAGACGAAGUUGCAGCCUAUCAUCGGCCAGGCCAGGGCUCAUGGCGACAAUUCAACAUAGACGAACCCGCAAAGCGUAUGAAUGAAAAAGAAAUCAAGAAACGUGAGGAAGAGCGUGCGAAUGCAGCCAGGGCUACAGGAGCAACCCUUGUAUCACCAUAUUUGGCUCCACCGCAGAUGACAUACGGUCCUUUGUCAAGAUAA